CUCAAACGUCACUUUUGACAGCUGUCACUCAGGUUCUUUGUGUCCCUUUGGAGCCAAUUAAUUCAAUAAACUUGUGCCGAUGCCUUGAUUCCCCCUAAUUUUGAGUGUUUUUCACUCAGAUAAUGUAAAUAAUGCAAGUGAACGACCUUUCCUCAAUUGAUCCAAAUGUGGAUUACACGCAGAUUUUACCCAUUCAACAAAAGCGCACGAUUGCUUUUAUCAAUCAUUUCGUAAUGAAUACGGUGUCGUUUUUAAACCAUUUUGCACAGUCGUGUGAAUCGCGUUUGAUGGAAUUCGAGUACAAACUGCAAGAAGUUGAGGCUUCUUUACUUAUACUUGAGUCGCAAUUAGGUUCAAUUGCGCAUUUAGAAGAAAACACUGCAAAGGACUCGCCUAAACAAAACGAUUUAGAUCUGCCUCCUGUUAAAGACGAGGAGACGCAAAUUGAAAAAAAUGUAGAGGUAGAGCCUGAUGUUGCGUCAGACCCGCGAUAUCAACGCUUUUUCAAAAUGUUGCAAUUUGGGGUUCCCCCAGCUGCUGUCAAGCUGAAAAUGCAAACAGAGGGACUUGACCCUUGCAUAUUGGAUUCCAAAUCAACUGAUACGCAAGACAGUUCCUCGGUUAAUUAAUUGUGUUAAAAAAACAUUGUUAAAAGUAUAAAUAAAACACGUUAUGAAUUUUUACAAAAUGUGUUUAUUUAGUCAAACAAUUAGAACUGAAUCAUUUGUCCCUUGCGCUUCUUGUCGCCACCCAAUUCAAAGUGCUUGCAGCGUUUCAAGGGAAUCUGUUUCCUAUAUUUACAUUCAGUGCAUUCCAUCCUGAGCACGAUUUUCUUGGUGGUUUUAGCCUAAAAACACACAAUAGCCCCACACUCAAAGUAGGUAAAAAAAUACCUUCUUCCUGAAGAUGGGCUUGGUUUGUCCACCGAAACCUUGCUGCUUCCUGUCGUAACGUCUCCUACCUUGCGAAGCGUGACGUUCCUUGGACUUUUUGUAUUGGGUGACUUUGUGCAACUUGUGCACCUUGCAUUUCUUGCAGAAGGUGCGCCUCUGCUUCGGGACGUUAACCUAAAAACAAUGACAUAACCCCACAAUUCAUCAAACGUCCUCAAAACGCGAAAAUAAACAGGAAUGUGCCCUUCCAAGGACGCCAAAUGCACGAAUUCGCUAAAUUUUCGGUAAUUCAAAGGCCGAUUAUUGCGAUUUUUUGAGAUAUUUGAUUGAAAACCUGCUUACCAUCUUGGGAUUUUCUUUAUUGCAAAAAAAAGAGAGAGAUGCAACGUGUCACACUAUGCGCAUGCGUCGUUUACAUUGGCGCGAAUUUUGAAUUGCUAUAUUGGAUGAAAGAUAGAAAAGUGUUUCGUUAUAAGUUUAUAGAGUUUUAAUUCGUUUCACGUGGUCGCAAGGAAAAAUAGAAGAAAAAGUUUUUAAGACGCAUUUUUGCGGCCACAAGGGAAAGGCGUUUUAAUUAGUGGGUAACAAGUCGUGCCGAAUAGUUCCCUUUUAAAUUGAGUCAAUAAUCGGCUGUUUUUCUGCAUAAUAAUAAAAUGAAUGUGAUUGUGGAGGGAAAUUUUUUGAAGAGCGCCCCUGGCGGUGGCAUACUCAAACCACGUUUUUAAUCUCGGUCCGGUUCGUAAAACUCAAUCCGUGCUCUCGGAACCCUCAUGAGCAAACACCUUGCAAUUAAUUUCAUAAAAUCUGGCGCACGUUUUUUGGGUCCGAGACACCGAAAAAGCUUGGAAUUUGUUGUCUUUUGGUUUUUGGCGGUUGGUGUGAAUAAAUAGUUUAGGGAGUCGAAAGCCGGUCACUCGUCCAAGUCCGGGGCCGAUCGGUUUGAGCGGCGCCAUCUUAAUUUUUGAACAAAGCUAACGAGUAGCCGGUCAGUAGUGUUCAACGUUGGUGAACGUCACUUUUCGAUAAAGCGUGAAACCCACACAGGAAUAUAAACAAAAUGAGUUCGAAAGAAAAUAACGAAGUUGCUGUCGAAAAAAUCGACAACGACAAAAGUGCGCCCGACGCCAAAUGCGAGUUAAAAGGCACGAAGCGAGCGGCGGAGG